AUGGCCUCGUCACGCAUUCUUUGUCGUUCUUCAUUACAUGCUAGGACCACAAUAUCAGGCUCAAGAAACUUUUCGACAAGCAUACGACGAAAUGCGGACUUCACCCACGCCGUGGUAGGUGGUGGCGUAGUCGGUCUAGCUAUAGCCCGCAAGCUGCAACAAAGAGAUGGCGCGUCGACAGUUCUGAUAGAGAAACAUGGCUCUGUCGGUACAGAAACCAGUUCGCGAAACAGCGAGGUUAUACAUGCCGGGCUCUACUAUGGACCCACAUCACUCAAAACGAAACUAUGUCUCAGAGGAAAAGACAUGCUGUAUGAGUUGUGCAAAAAGCACGAGAUCCCUCACCGCAACACCGGAAAAUGGAUCGUCGCGCAAGACGUAGCACAGAUGGAUGCCCUACAAAAAGUCCACGACUUCGCAAAAAGCAUCAGCGUGCCAAUCCAUUUCCUCAGCAAAGACGAAGCCAAGAGACGAGAACCCGAUGUCAGAGCCGAAGCCGGUGUACUAGAAAGUCCCAGUACCGGAAUCGUAGACUCGCACAGCUUGAUGCAAUACCUCGAGGGCGACUUUGAAGACCACGGUGGAAUCUGCGCUUUCAAAUCCCCCGUUACACACAUCACAGCCCUCGACUCUGGGCGCAGCGGCUGGGAAAUCACGACUAGAGGAGAAGACGGCGAGGAAACAACGAUAACAGCAGACACAUUAAUAAACUCCGCCGGCCUCUUCGCCGUCCAAAUCUCAAACAUGGUUCUACCAAAAGACCGGCAUCGAAAAGCAUUCUACGCAAAAGGCUCUUACUUCUCUUAUGCUGUCUCCCAUCCCCGCCCUUCAACACUUGUGUAUCCGGCCCCAGUUCCAGGCCACGGCGGCCUAGGAACUCAUCUCACCCUCGACAUGUCCGGGCGCAUUCGUUUUGGCCCAGAUGUCGAAUGGACGGAUUCGCCCACAGAUUACACGCCCAACACCAAGAACAUGGCGCAGGCUAUCGACGACAUUCAAACGUACCUGCCUGGUGUGGAUAGAGAAGCCAUCCAGCCGGACUAUGUGGGUAUAAGACCGAAGUUGGGGAAGCUUGCGGCGACCAGUGGGAAGGAUUUUCAGGACUUUGUCAUUCAGAAGGAGAAUGGGUUUGAAGGGUUUGUGAAUUUGUUGGCCAUUGAGAGUCCUGGACUGACUAGUAGUUUGGCUAUUGCGGAGGAAGUAGAAGGAUUGCUGUAUCGCUAG